CCUUCUAUUCACAUACGUCGUCAACGUGAUUCGACCUUUUCCGGUUUAUUCGUUGAACAUGGCAGUCGGCAAAAAUAAAGGUCUUUCCAAGGGUGGCAAGAAGGGCGGCAAAAAGAAGGUGGUGGACCCGUUUUCUCGCAAGGACUGGUACGAUGUCAAAGCUCCGAAUAUGUUUCAAACUCGUCAAAUCGGCAAAACACUUGUAAACCGCACCCAGGGUCAAAGAAUAGCAUCGGAUUAUUUGAAGGGUCGCGUUUUUGAAGUGUCGUUAGCGGACUUGCAAAAGGAUAUUGAUCCAGAACGUUCUUUUCGCAAGUUCCGUCUUAUUGCAGAAGAUGUUCAAGACCGAAAUGUGCUCUGUAACUUUCACGGCAUGGACUUGACUACGGACAAGUACAGGUCGAUGGUUAAAAAGUGGCAAACACUAAUUGAAGCCAUUGUCGAAGCAAAGACUAUAGAUGGGUACCUCUUGCGAGUGUUUUGUAUCGGAUUUACUGCCAAGGACCAGCAGUCUCAGCGCAAAACAUGUUAUGCUCAGCAAUCACAAGUCCGAAAGAUUCGUGCUCGCAUGACCGACAUUAUUACCAACGAAGUUAGUGGUGCCGAUCUAAAGCAGCUUGUUAACAAACUGGCCUUGGACUCGAUUGCAAAAGAUAUCGAAAAAAGUUGUCAGCGCAUUUACCCAUUACAUGAUGUUUACAUUCGUAAAGUAAAGGUAUUGAAGAAACCGCGCUUCGAUGUCUCAAAGCUUCUGGAAUUGCAUGGCGAUGGCGGUGGCAAAUCCGUGGAAGCCGUUGUUUCCUCCGAGGGAGCCGUAAUCGACCGCCCUGAAGGUUAUGAGCCCCCAGUACAGGAAGCUGUUUAAAUUAAAUAUGAAAUGCAUAUUUUUUAAUGUAUUGCAUUCAAACAUAAAAUACAUUUCUGUAUAAAUUGCAUAAACUA